UAUCUUUAUUUAUGCGCAGACAGUAUAUUUUGUGUAGUUGCAAGAGAACGUAGUGUCUCAGUAAUCAUAAUUGUAAUUUUUUUAUAAUCAAGUUGAAAUCCUGCAUUGAUUAAAAAACUGUACUGUCAAAAUAUUGUUUAAAGAUUUUAUUUUUGUAGUAAGUCACUAGUAAUGAUAGUUUCAAUCAGGGAGUUGCUAAUCGUAUUUUUUUCAUGUAUUUGUAUAGUUUUCGUAGUAUUUUAUUUGUACGUAACAAGAAAUUAUAACUAUUGGAAAAAGUUGGGUGUCAAACACUUGCGGCCAUCGUUUCCUUUCGGAAAUUUCGGAAAGUGUAUGUUCUUACAACAAUCUAUUCAUGAAUUUAUCAAUGACAUAUAUCAGGAUGGAAAAGGAGAAAAAAUGGUCGGAUUUUACGUCCUUAAUCGACCAUAUGUCCUAUUACGUGAUCCAGAGUUGCUCAGGAGCGUAUUUAUAAAGGACUUUGAUAUAUUUUCAAAUAAAUUAAUAAGUAACAACAAAAGCGAUCCUUUCGGCACACACAUGAUUUUAUUGGAAACCAAUCCACCAUCAAGGUAUAUUCGACAAAAGCUUUCACCCAUGUUUACCACAGGUAGACUCAAGAAGAACUUUGGUGCAAUGCUAGAGAUUUAUGAGGAUUUAGAUGUUUAUCUAGACAAGUUGGGCUUACGGGCUUUCCGUGCAAUAUCAAAUGCUAAAUUUUUUGAUGCAGAAACAGAAUUUUUCGAAAACAUGUUCUCACGCAUAGUAGACGAGAGAAUUAUGUCUGGGAAUAAAAAAAAUGAUUUUGUCGAUUUGGUCAUCAACAUGAUAGGAAGCGAGGAGAUUGGAAAUACCGAUGAGAUAAAAGUAGGACACCGUUCAUGGAUGUCCCAGUUGGCAGGAAUUUUCUCAGCUGGUUUUGAAACAUCUUCGACGACUACAACUUUUUCUUUGUAUCAAAUAGCCGUAAAUCCAGAAGUUCAAAAAAGGUUGAGAGAUGAACUUACAAGCGCUAUGGAGAAGUCAAAUGGACAAUUAACUUACGACAUGAUCACCAAUGCACCUUACCUCAACAUGAUUGUGCUAGAAGUUUUAAGAAUGUAUCCGAUUCUUACAUGGGUAGAUCGUCUGCCAGACAUCGAUUACACGUUUCCUGGAACAAACGUUACAAUAAAAAAAGGGACUCCAGUAAUAUUUCCUAUUCACUCGAUGCAAAUGGAUCCAAAGUACCAUUUAAAUCCUGAAAAAUUUGAUCCGGAAAGAUUUUCGAUAGAAAACGAAAGUAAAAUUAUUUCCUUUACGUACUCGCCCUUUGGUAAAGGACCAAGAAACUGUAUAGGUAGCAGAUUGGGACUGUUACAGAUUAAACUUGCAUUAGCUUACUUAGUGUUAAACUACGAAAUAACACCUUGCAAAAAAACGCCGAUUCCUUUGCAACAUGACAAACAAAAUAUGUUUAUGCACCCUCGUGGUGAUAUUUACUUGAAUUUUACAAAAAUAUCACAAGGAUAA